AUGGCAGAAAUAUGGAAAGGCCCUGCUUACGACUUAAGGAAGCAGCGGAAACGUGUUACAAUCAAAGGAAAUUCAAGCCCUUUUGAAUUAAAAACUGAUAAUUUGCCACAGAUUGUGAAACCUUGCAGAAGUUUUAAAUUGCUUACUGCCCCUUUUCGUAAGAAAGCAAAAUUUUUAUCUCUUUUUAAAUCAUUGCAAAUAUAAUUUUUUUAAAAUUUAAAAAUUCCAAUUCAUCUAAAUUGGUGCUUCUUUUUGAAUGCAACACUAUGAAUUAGAAUAAUAAUUUAUAUAUAUCAUAUAAAAGUUUUAUAUUAAAAAAAUUUUGAGAAAAGAUAAUUUUUCCUCAAAAUAAUAGGGUUUUUUAGUAGCUUUGCUCCCUCACAAAGGGAGGGAGUUAAAAAAGUUAAAAGCAGCGAGAAGAGCUUCCAUAACUUAUGUUCAAUAGAAGAAGAUUUCACCCUGGAGCGUGAAGGAGAUAUCACAAGUUUUUUAAAAGAAAAAUCCCCAACUACACCUCAAAUUAAUUUUACCCCGAAAUUUGAUAUUAAUGGAAACCUGCUUCAAUAUAGUGUUAUAGGGCCGGUAAAAUUAUUUACAACCCCAAAAUCCAAUGAUUCUUGAACUCCUAUUAAACCAAACCAACAGUCUUUAAAUAGAACUGCUACAAAUUUAAAUUUUAGUAACAGAGAUAAUACAAACUAUCAAGAGAAAUUUAAAGAAAGGCUUAUAGAAAUUGAAAAUAACUCAAAGUUGGAAUUGAGCACGGAUGUAAAAAAGGCGUCAAGCAUGAUACUAUAUGAUAGGAUUAGAAAAGGAAGAGAAGAAAGGAAAUUAAAGCAAUAUGAUGCAAUUCAAAACGAGUGAAAAUUAAUUGAAAAAGGACUGAGUUUUAAAUCUAAGAAAAAAAUGCAAGAUUUGAUGCCAAAUAGAGCCUUUGAGUAUAGAGAAAAGCUUGAAGAACUGGAAGAGCUUGACAGAAACCUGCCAGAUAAAGAGGAAUCAAAUUCAUUAUCUUGGUACAUGUCAUUGAGGGAGUCCCAAAACCAGAAAUUUGAAACCUAUAUCCCUAUGGGACAAAAGCUUUUAGGUCUCUAUACAAGGAUUUCUCAAAAACCUAAAUCCCCUAUAGAAAUCAUAAGAAAGCCAGGGAUGGUCAAGACUUCCAGCAAAACUUUCCGUGACUGAGACUAUUUCCUAACGAAACUAGGCAAGGAAAAAAGCAACUCAGAAACAAUCCCAUCGUCUCAAGCUAGUCAUAGUGAUCUACUUGUUAUAGGACUCGCAAAGCUACCAUUAGAAAUUGAUGCAGUCAAAAAUGUAGGACCAGAAUUCCUAAACCCGAAACUGAUUCCUAACUCAUCUCUUCCGUAAGCGAACAAAACCAUUAGAAAAAUCCCCAUUUUUGCUUAAAACCUCCAUGAGCAAACAAAAUUUUUAAAAAAAAUUGAUAAGUGGUAAUUAUUAUAAUGAAAUCUUUAACUAAUUCUAUUUUGAUUUUAAGCAGCUUGCAUUUUAAAACAUAAAUUUUGCAAAUUAAAUUAAUUUUAUAUCAAAUUUUUACAAUUAGAAAUUUUUUAAAUGCAAUUUUACUACAAAUUUAUAUAUAAAUUUUCAAAAGAAAAAAAAUUAAGCGAAAAAAAUUCUUAUUGGCCUCCGAGGGGAUUAAGCCAUUCAAAGAUGAAGUUUUUGCAGAAGAAUACGACCCAAGAAAUAAAACACAUAAAGCUGUCUAG